AACUUGGGGAAACCGCUGGACUCCAAGUUCCACAAUGCAGUUCGCUAAUGUUGGUUUGUUCGGCUGCAGGCGGGAGAGGUGCAUGGUGAUGAGAGGAUUUUAUUAUCUGAUCUCUAAGUUAUGUUGUUGUCGUUGUCUGUGGUUAUAGACAGCCGGUCUAACCCUCGUAAUGAGAAGAACAACAGAAAACCAAGGAAACGCUCGACCAUUUCCAGGAUACUUUUCACCAAGAAAUAAUGUGAAGGACCAGCACCAACCCCAUUUCACAACAUUCCUCCAGGAGACUCCAAUGAAGUCCUAUCGGCUCCCCAACCACUUUGGUUACCCACCACCCAGGAGGGUGCUUCCAAUUCAAAGCCCUGAGCUGUGCCACAGGGACAGACACGGUCCACCACGGCACCUUCUUCAUCCUCCAAGACCAAACUAUCCAUCAGGGUUUGUUCCAAGCAGCCCAGCUAACUUUGGCUCCUCAGGGAACAGGUUCCAUCCGAUGCCAAGAGGCAGUCUGGGUCCUCUGCAGCACCAUCACUAUGGAACUCCAGUGUCUUAUGGCUCAUUUGCUGCCAUCAGCCCAACUAAUUGUGGUACUACAGUUUAUAGACCUGGUGUCUUUCACCCUGUACCCCCUCCAUUCAUGAAGGAUUUAAGCAACCACUCUCCGCCUGUCCACAUCCGGAGAGUUCAAGGGACUGAAUCCAAGGACACUUUGUCUUACUCGGGAAGUAAAAAUGCAACAGCACAAAGACAAGCAUCGAACAAGGACCAAUCCAAUGAUGGUAAGAGUCACACACAUACUACCCAGCUCCAAAAGCCCCUAUCCCCAUCAUCGAUCACCAGAGCAGUUCAAGAUGUUUUCCCACCAGCUCUCUCAGACUCAGAGCAUCGGAGUCUUGGGAACAGUCAGAGGCCCGCACAGGACUAUCAACCUCCUCCGACCCAGUCUUCUGACGGGAGCAGUGGUUCCAGUUUAUCCGUCAUGCACAGCCCUGUAGCCCCUUCACAGGACCAACAACCUAAACGAACACCUGCAAGUGAGAACUUAAUUCCAGUAGUGGAUUUGAAUAGCUCCUCUCAGAAAAGGCGCAGGGAGUUUGAGGGCUUUGGUGACAGCGCCAAGAAACAAUGUUUUCCGGGUAUGAACUCUGGCAAAGCACACACACCAAAAUCAACUGUUGGCAAAUCAUUAAGCCCUUCACUGCUGCCUCAGCCGUCAGCGGGGCCGUCUUCAGUCUUGGAACUGCCUGCCAAAACCACAGAUAGCCAUCUGUGCACAGAACCAACAAAUGGCCAAUCUUCACACUUUGUCACACUGUCAUCUACAUUGAAACCCACCCAGUCAUCCUGCUCAUCACCGUCACCCAAACCUUGUUUAAAGAGACAACCAUCAAUGGGGGCAAAGCAAGCUUACAUUACCUCCCCCCAGAAUCACACUGGAAAGUUAGUAGAGGUAAGAUCACCUUCAAAACCAAGUGAAGAAUGUUUGAAGAAAAGAAGCGAGGACAACGUUAAAACUGAGAAAUCAAGCUCUGUGUUAUCCUCUGAGGUUCCCCAGAAGGUCACUGAUGGCACAUCUCCUGUUCAGUCAGGCAGCCACCACUCUGGUCAUACUCACUGUAGUUCCUCAGUCUUACCAGUCAAGACACUCGGCAGAGGUGAUCAUGUGGAGGAGAGGAGGAAGUCGGACAGUAGCACUCCCAAACCUGCCUCAAAAACAAAUACAGGUUCUUUGAGUUGUCGCCCAGUAGAACGCAACAAAACCAACCGGUCACGAAAGCCUGUUGCAAUCCCAAAUGAUAUAAAUGACCUUUUCACCCCUGAUCCCAAGACCUACAUCAUCAGCAAUGGCCAUAAGACUGUAAAGCCAAAGAUGGAAGGGCUCAAAUCCCCCACCUCAGAGAAAAGUUGUUCACCCAGCACUUUGACCAGCUCCAGUACUCCAGUUACUGGAUCCUCAUGUCAUAAAAAUGGCUCUCCUCAUACUGUGGACACCAAAGUCUCUAUCUCAUCAUCUACACAUCACCCACCGAUCUCCAUGCCAACUAUAACUUUAGAGCGGGUAAAACUUGAGAAGUUAAAAUCCAUUCCCUUCAAAACCAAUUAUUUGAAAAACAGUCCCAUCACUUCUUCAGACAGGCAGCUUCAGGAUGACGGUGCUAAAUCUGAUGAGAAACGCUCAUCUCUUCUCCAUAACUCUUUGAGACGUUGCACUUCAGAGACUGGCUCCACAACCUCCUCAUCUCAUUGUUCUCAGUCUCCGCUAUUGGAGAGGCAGUCAAGUGAAGGGCGUAGAAAGCCGGUGAGUGAAGAAGAUCCUAUAGAUGUGGAGCUGGACCUCGGCCUGAGCUUCGCAUUAGAUAUGGAUCUAACCCAGAGCUCCCAAAGCAGUGAGGAUGAGCAGCUGCUGUCCUUGCACGAGAUGAUGGAGCGGGUUACCAAGCCUCCAGAUACACCAGAGAAGGGAGCCUUCUCAGAGCCGAGUACUCCUGGACAUCAUAGCUGCUUGCCAAGAACUCAAUUGCCAUCCACUGCAAAGUCCGGCAUUUACAAGAACAACCUCGACCAGAUGCUGAAAGAAAUAAACAACAAUAAAAAAGCUAAAGAGAUCGAGACACAACUUUUAAAUAGAUGUGAAGAGGACUUGCAGAGAAUAGCUGAAUGUGAGGAGGCUGAGGAGAACCAGGAGGAGGGCGUCAACACUGAACAACAGGAAUUCCUGCAACGCUACUCUUUGAUGUCCAAUGCAAUCAGGGAAGUGCCUCCAGGGGAAACCGUGUUCAACCUGGAGAAAUUUGGAUGCAUCUUCGACCACAAUUCACUGGAGCUCAGAAAAUGCAUGGUGGAUCCACAGGAGACAGCACAGAAAACGCUUCUUUGGUCCAGUCCUGCACAACUGAGAUUGCAUGUAAACAUUGGAUUGUUCCAGGAAGCUUACGACUCUCGCUCGCCCUGUCCAGCUCAGGUCACCCGUUUCCUCUUUAAGAUGAUGUCAGUCCACAAUGAGAGGAUGGUAUCAGAAAAGAUACUACAGGCCCUCUGCGACAUCGCCUGCACUGCUGCUUAUCAGAUAGUGAAAAAAGGGAGCCAGCAGUUUAAAGUGUGGGUGCCGAGUUUGGCCGAUGUGGCCCUGGUCCUGAUGAAUAUGGGAGCUGCAUUUGUUACUCUCUUCCCUUUUGAGAAUCUGCAGCCUCCAUUUACAGAAGGAGAUUUGUUGGAGGACAUCUAUAUAAAAAAUGAGAGUCCCUCUGACAAGGAGCAAAGCAGUUUCCCUGAACACAACUGCAACAAUAUCUUGAAGUACCUGUCUUACUGUAUGGGCCUCUGUCCACGGGCGUACACUGAUGACGAGCUGCUGUUGCUGCUUACUGUCGUGGGACGGGUGGGCCUGGACACACGUCUCAUCCUCCAGUCCAGUGUGGAACUUUACCCUCUACAGUACAAAAUUGUCAAUAACAUCAGGGACUGGGACACCAUGCUGCCCAAAAUCUGUCUUGCACUUACUGAUCUGACCGAUGAUCACCACAACAUGUGCCUGCUGGUUCAACUGUUGCCUGACAACACACAUGGAAAGCAACUGCGUCGACACCUGAGCCUGUCCAUGAUCUCUAAAUUGCUGGAUGGAAAUUGCACUUACAGACCUACAGAACAAGAGUUUCAGCUGUCUGAACUGAGGCCGUACCUGCGCCGCAUGCAACCCUCGGCCAUUCUUCGAAGCAUGCUGAGCUCCUCCAGCAGGAAUCAGACAGAUAAGGGAGAGGACACGGCCAGUCCCGACCAACAGUCCUACUACCUCUGCUAUAGCCUUCUGACCUUGGCGAAUGAAGCUUCCAAUUUUCAGUUCUUCCCAGCUCAUCAAAAGAAGCAGCUGCUGUUCUUGUGCUCCGAGCUGGAAACGCAUGUUAAGUGUGACAUCAGAGAGGAUGAGAAACGUCUUUACCGGAGCAAGGUAAAGGACUUGGUGGCCAGGAUCUCCACCAAGUGGACGAUGCUCCUUCAGAGGACCAGGCCUCUCCAUGGUAAGUUGUAUGAUUAUUGGCAGCCUAUGGCUAUUGACACAUUGACAAGCAGCCAAGAGGAGCAGGGGAUGGAUGACAGUGAUGACGGAGAGGAGCCUGUGACAGAAGAUGAAGACGAAACCAGUGAAAAUGAAGAGGUUAUAAUGACUGCUGAGGAUGAGGAGGAGGAAGGAAAUGAUACAAUGGAUGGCACAGACAAGACGGAGAACGACAUGAAGCCAGAAGAAAUGGAGGGGAACGAGGAAGUGACAGAAACUGUUCAUGGAGAGAUGAACCAAGCGAUGCCUCAAGUACACGAGCAAAUGGAGGCUGAAAACAUAGAACGUACUGAAGCACACACUGAAAAUUUGGUUGAGACAGAAGAAACGUCUAACAAUAACCAGGUAGCAGUGUGUGAUUUAGUCUCAUAGAGAUGUUAAUUUGUUAAAAGCAUUGCAUUUAAUGUCCAGAUUAAUUUGCACUAUCUGCCUAUCCUCCUCCCUAGCAGCCAAGUUGCCUUAUAAAUAAAGUAAAUAUUUUUGGUUGUUGCACAAGAAAAUAUUGUUUUAUUGUAUGUGUGAAAUGUGAAAGAGUUUAAAAUCUACUAUGCAACAUAUUAACUGUAAGUUAUCAGUUUUCAAAACAUCAGCUUGUAACAAGGUUUCUCAGCCGUUAUUGUUUUGUUACCUUGCUAACUGCAAUAGGCCUCUUUCGCAGAAGACUGGUCAUGGUAGGAAAAGCACAGGUGUUACUAGUAACAUAAACGACGGCUCUCUUCAAUUUAAGUGUCCCAGUAAUUUGUGACUGUGAGACUGAAACCAAAGGGCCUAAAUGGAAUUUAUCCAUUGUUUAUUUUACCAUUUACACUUGUGCUUUGUUUAACUUUGAAGUGUCAAAAUGUUUUCUGUGAAAAAGGCCUAUUAAAUUUGCCUUGUAAAUAAUUUCCUGAUCCAUAUUAUAUUGUUUUUUGAUUUACUGUUGUAAUUUUACAGUUUUAAAUGUGUGCAUUUUGUUAAAUUUCCCUAUUGUGAAUGUAUUUUUUUACUGAUUAAAAAAGACUUUUUACAGCU